GUUUCUUUUUGUAAGUAUUCAACUGGUUCGUCCUCUUAUAGGUGGAGGGUAAUAGGGGAAGCACUUUAACUGCCUUUUCGCCCACCUCAUAAGAAGCCGGAAGAUGCAGCCACGGAUGUGGGUUUGGCUCCACCGUUGCACAAAAGAAACAUCUAAGAGCAGAACAGCCUUCAGUCAUGAAUCCAGAGGAGCGAAUGGUGACUUGGUUGAUUUCCAUGGGGGCUUUAAAUUCCCCCAAAAUGAUGGUUGAGGACCCCAAGAAAUUCCUCAAGACAUCCCUCAGAGACGGAGUUGUCCUUUGCAAACUCCUUCUACGACUUCUGCCUGGCUCUAUUGAAAAGUAUUGCCUGGAGCCCAGGACCGAAGCCGACUGCCUUGGCAAUAUCCAACAGUUUUUAAACGGGUGUGCAGCGCUGAAAGUGGAGCAGUUUGAUGCCCACGAUCUCUACUCCGGAGAAAACUUCUCCAAGGUACUGACUGCCCUCUUGUCUCUCAACAAGGCCACGGAAGACCGAGGAAGUUCUACCAGGAAGCCAUGUUCUCAGCUGCCUUCUCCGUCCCCCGGUGACUGCCAGCCCCUCACCCGAGCCGCCUCCGCUCGGCUAUCCAGAGUGUUGCAGAGACAGUCAAGAGUUGGGGAGAUGACCGAAAACGGCAGUCACCAGCUGGUGGUCAAGGCCCGUUUCCAGUUUAAGCAGACCAAUGAAGAUGAGCUGACCAUCAACAAGGGGGACCUCAUUUACGUCACCCGCACGGAGGAAGGGGGCUGGUGGGAAGGGACCCUGAACGGGAAGACGGGGUGGUUCCCCAGCAACUACGUCCGAGAAAUUAAAUCCACCGAUAAACUGCUCUCUCCCAAGGCUUUGAAAGGAGCCGAAAGUCCUCAACUUACGAAGAACUACUAUGCUGUGGUGCUUCAGAACAUUUUGGAAACGGAGCGCGAGUACGCCAAGGAACUGCAGUCCCUUCUAGGAACGUACUUGAAGUCUCUCCAGUCCUAUGACAAGCUGAGCACUACAGACAUAUCCGCUCUGCUUGGAAACGUGGAGGAGAUCUGCAACUUCCAACAGACGCUCAACCAGACGCUGGAAGAAUGCGCCAGACUCCCCGAACACCAGCAAAGAGUGGGAGGUUGCUUCCUAAGCCUGAUGCCGCAAUUUGCGUCUCUGUACCUCACUUAUUGCACUAACCACCCCUCUGCGGUCAACGUCUUGACCCAUCACAGCGAUGAGUUGGAGAAGUUCAUGGAGAAUCAAGGGACGAGCUCCUCUGGGCUAUUGACCUUGACCACAAGUCUUAGCAAACCGUUCACACGGCUGGACAAAUACAUUGCCCUUCUGCAGGAACUUGAGAGACACAUGGAGGAAGCACAUCCUGAUCAUGACGACGUUUUGAAAGCCAUAGGAACCUUCAAAUCUCUCGUGUCCCAGUGUCAAGAGAUGAGGAAGAGGAAGCAACUCGAACUGCAGAUCCUUUCAGAAACCAUCCAAGGUUGGGAAGGAGAAGACAUCCGGUCCAUGGGCAACGUCCUUUAUAUGUCCCAAGCCAUGGUCCAAUAUGGAGGGAAUGAGGAGAAAGAGGAAAGAUACCUCAUGCUGUUUCCAAGCGUUCUGUUGAUGCUCUCAGCAAGUCCUUGCAUGAGUGGAUUCGUGUACAAGGGGAGACUCCCGUUAAUAGGAAUGCUGGUGACCAAAUCAGAAGAUCUGGAAGGAAACUGUCACACUUUUGAAAUCUCAGGGAGCAUGGGAGACCGUCUGACGGUACAUUGCAAUAGCGGCCAAGAUUUGCACGAAUGGCUUGACCACCUCCAAAGGCUGACCAGAGGAACCACUUUCAGUGGUACCCUCUCGAAAACCCAAUCUUGGGGGUCCCAUUCGACUUUUAGCUCUACUGGACAAUUCCGUGGCCCACUGGAACCCCCCCAGAUUCUCAAACCUUGGACCUUGAGUUGUCUCCGCCCAGCCCCUCCUCUCAGGCCCUCAGUGGCCCUCAGCUACAAAGAGAGGAUGUCCUACAUCUUAAAGGAUGCCAGCAAGAGUCCAAAGACAAUGAAGAAGUUCUUGCCCAAAAGGAAAACGGAGAGAAAGCCAUCGGAUGAGGAAUUUGUCAUUCGAAAAAGCACGGUUGCCUUAGAAGAAGAUGCUCAGAUCCUGAAGGUGAUUGAGGCCUACUGCGCAGGCGCGAGUUUACAGCAGAAUGUCACUUCAGGGUGCCGCAAAGAUUCAGUGCCCCAGGUUCUACUUCCGGAAGAGGAGAAACUAAUCAUCGAGGAAGUGAGGAGCAAUGGGCAGACGGUGGCCGAGGAGAAAAGCCUGGUGGAUACUGUCUAUGCGCUAAAAGAUGAAGUCAAAGAACUGAAACAGGAGAACAAACGAAUGAAGCAGUGUCUGGAAGAAGAGCUGAAAUCCAGGAAAGAUUUAGAAAAAUUGGUCCGGAGGUUAUUGAAGCAAACGGACGAAAGUCUCCGGGAAGAGAUGGGCCGCCGUUCCUCCGUACUGGCCUGAACCCUCAAAACCCCACUCAGGAAAGUUUUCAGCCGCGCCUCUCGUGCUUCCUCGCUCUUUCGUUUUGGGGGGGGGGGGAGAAUCACGCCUCUUUUGCUUUUCCCUUGCAGGAAAGAAAAGAUUUAAAAAAACAACAGAUAGCCCAGCUAUAUAUUUCUCCCCCUCCUCGUUCAAAAAGACUAUUUUGCAUGCUGCUCGUGGCCCUCGAAGAUUUGCUCCAAAACGGACGUCAGAAAAGUCAAAGAAACUUCUCCGGGACUUCUAAUAUUGCUCCCACCUAUCCACCCACCCACCCACCCAUCUCAUCCUAAGAUUAUACGCUCCUGGCAAGGGAUGGGUCACCACCCAGCGUGAAGAAGGUUCCUGAGUGCGAAACCCAGUUGAGAGAGGAAAUGCAAGAGGGGGAAAAACCAAAAACACCCGUACCUCCUUCCAUUCUCGUUUUGCUUUUAAAGCGUGUUUCUUUAUUUAUUGAGUGGGAGGGGAAAAAGCAGAUUCAGGUUUCUUGAAUUGCAAGCAAGCGAGAAUGGCCAAACGAUCAUUUGCACCUCUAUUUCUUUCUUUCUUUCUUUCUUUCUUUCUUUCUUUCUUUCUUUCUUUCUUUCUUUCUUUCUUUCUUUCUUUCUUGGAAUCGGGGGAAAACGAGUGUUGAGAAUUGCUGCCUUCUCCUUUGAGAUUGUGAGAAUCCCUUUCUGUGGUCUUUCCGUAGGAGAUAUUUAUGCAAAGGAUCACAGAUUUCAGAGGAUUUUCAAUUCCUCUGGGUUCACAGCUUUCGGCUCUCCUGCGAAUUAGCACGGGAUCCCUCAGGAAGGGUGUGGAAACGAAGAGAAAGCAGCCAAUGGCAUGCUUGCCUCUUCUCGCUAGUAUAGGGUCCCCUGCUUGAGCUGGGGAGUGGGGGGUUGGACUAGAAGACCUCCAAGGUCCCUUCCGUCUCUGUUCUUCUGGUUUUAUGAUUAACCGAGUCAGCCUGAUUACAGGAUCCAUCCUCCCCUUACAAUAACUCAUUCAGUUACCAUUCAAAGUUACGAAGGCAUGGGAAAAAAACGACCGAUGAACAUUUUUUCAAGUUGCCCAGCGCCCACAUUUUGAUCGCGAAACCCUGGGGCUGUUGCAGCGGUCGUAAGUGCGAGGAACGGUUGUACGUUUGUUUUUUUUAAUGCAAUGCUUCCGUAGCUUUGAAUAGCCAUUAGACAAAAGGUUGGAAGUCGAGUUACCUGUGCCCUGAGGUGGGAGAGGAGAUUAUUUUUUGAUUGCCUCCCUUUAGCAAGAGUGGAGCUGACUCCGAAAAAGUCCAGUUGGAGAUCGCCUUUGCAUUCCAGCUGUUAGCUGCUGGAAGGGGGAAAGUUGCAACUACAAACUCUCUCGCUGCAACAGCGGAUGCGUUGCGAUGCAGCCAGGAAGGGCAAAGGCAAGCAGAUUGCAAGAUAAAG